AGUUCGAACCCACAGCCAGACAGCCACUCUGCCUACCACCAUGAGAGAGUUGAAGAGCAAGGAUUUCUGGAGGGCCGUGCUGGCUGAACUGGUUGGCAUGACCCUUUUCAUUUUCCUCAGCAUCUCAACAGCUAUUGGGAACAAGAACAACUCCAACCCAGACCAGGAGGUGAAGGUGUCGCUGGCCUUCGGACUGGCCAUUGCCACGCUGGCUCAGAGUUUGGGUCACAUCAGUGGAGCCCACCUGAAUCCUGCAGUCACCCUCGGGAUGCUGGCCAGCUGCCAGAUCAGCGUGUUGAAGGCCGUCAUGUACAUUGUGGCGCAGAUGCUGGGCUCUGCUCUGGCCAGUGGCAUUGUGUAUGGAGCACGUCCAAAUACUACUGAUGCACUGGGGCUCAACUCUCUCAACGGUGUCACUCCCAGUCAAGGUGUGGGCAUUGAGCUCCUGGCAACCUUCCAGCUUGUGCUGUGUGUCAUUGCAGUCACUGAUAAAAGGCGGCGUGAUGUCACCGGCUCAGCACCCCUGGCCAUUGGCCUCUCAGUAUGCCUGGGACACUUGGCAGCUAUCAGCUACACAGGCUGUGGCAUCAAUCCCGCCCGCUCCUUUGGUCCGGCUUUGAUCCUGAACAAUUUCACGGACCACUGGGUGUACUGGGUGGGGCCAAUGUGUGGCGGUGUUGCAGCCGCUCUCGUCUACGACUUCCUGCUGUCCCCGAAAUACGAUGACUUUCCCAAUCGCAUGAAGGUCCUGGUCAGCGGGCCAGUUGGAGAUUAUGAUGUUAACGGAGGCAACGACGCUAAUGUGGAGAUGACGACGAAAUAGUCCCCUGCAGUCACAAUCACUUAAUUUCAUUGUACAUGUUUAUGCUCCUGUAAAAAAAUAUAUAGUGUAGGUCGUUUUUGUGUUAAUGUGAAAUACCAAUGAGGAUUGUGGUAACGGGUCAGUUAGUGUCACUUUCAAAUUCUCUAGUUUGUUUGACCCCAACACACAAGUCGAGGAGGAAGUGUGCCGAAAUAUCUUCCCAUAUCAGUAUUCUAUGACGAGCCAUUUUUUGUAAACUCUAUGUGCCUGUAGUAUUUUUUUUCUAAUGGAUAAUGUAUUAUGUGUCACUUUUUUAAGUAAAUAAAACACUUGUUGUUAAAAAAAAA